AUGGAGUCAUUCCACGUGGCGGUUAUUGGCGCCCGUGGCGUCGGCAAGUCUUGCUUCAUCCAAGCUGCCCUUGCACUCCAGAGUCUGCCCAUGACGGAGGCUCCCAGCAUUCGGUCGUCUGUCGAUGGCGUCACGCACAUGGUCACAGCUCUGGAGCUCGACGUGAACCACUUCGAAGCCGGCCCGUCACAGCAAAUUCAAUGGCCGAAACAAAUCAACGGGCACAUUGUGCCACGAGUCGACGCUGCCAUCAUACUAUACGACGUGACCGCUCGCGAGACAACCCCUGCUGUCAGCAACGCCGGGAUGCCUGCUAUCCUGGUAGCAAACAAAUGCGAGACUGGGGAAGACUCAUGGCACGUGGAUGUCGACGACCUAGCCACGCGAUACUAUGAGGUCGGCAUCGCAACAUACAAGGCGUCGUCCAGCAAGCCUGAGGCGGCACGGUCGUGCCUACAAAGUAUCCUCAGAGCAGCAGUGAGCCAACGCAGAGAGGACGGCGGCGAGCAGGUCGCGCGCAGGCGAGCGCAAUCGAACCUCGAAGCUCCCGAAGCUAUGAUAUCUCGAUCGUAUAGCGGCGACAAUAAACACAGCCGAGCAAGCUCCGAGUUCUCCCUAUUGAAAGGCUUCAACAGCGGCUCAACAAGCGAGAGCCAUCGCCAGCAAUCUUCGAUCAGUCCUCGACCGCCCACGGGUUUCGACAACGCGAACGGCUCAUUCUUGCAUGUAGACGAAUCAGACACAGAGCAGCCUCAGUCGUCAGACGAUAUUCCCCUCUUGCAGCGCAACGACAACGAUGCGAAGCAGACAGCAAAGGAGGAAGGGGUGGCCUUUGGCGAGCUGGUUGAUCGCCUUCUGGCCCCAAGAAUAUCAAAGACCGACGCAGACUUCUCGGACAUUUUCCUUUGCCUGUAUCGGAAGUUUGCAGCGCCAGGUGAGCUCUUCGCCGCCAUCCUGGCACGGCUGGAUCGAGUUCGAGACGACAAGGCAGCGCACUAUCUGUCGAGGACCGCCACCCAACUGCGAAUCAUCGAGGUUGUGGCGCGAUGGGUGGCUUUGUACCCGGGCGACUUCGCUCGGCCCACCACAAAACAUAGGCUGGAUGAAUUCAUCAAGCACCUGUCGACCGAGCCCAUUUUCUCAAUAGCAGCCCAGCAAAUGCGUCGCAACCUGAAUCACAACGUGGUUGAGGACGACGACACUGGGUGGGCACACGCAGAUGAUGUAAAUGACGACGAUGGAAGCGACAACGCGCAAAAGGAGACAAACGAAGUUGCGUCCAGCCUUGGCUCCUUGCAAUUCGAAGACGCAGACGGCAGGCCUUCAGAAGGCUCCGAGGCUGAUCGUGCGAGCACGAUGAGCAACCAAUUCCAGUAUCAUUCCUAUGAGGAGUACGAAAGGGAAGCUGCCCUGCUUGAGCCCUCGAGUCAGCUGCCGAUGAACAAGUUCCGCUACCACAUCUUCAUGGAAGUACCCGUCGACGACAUUGCGGAGGAGAUGACGCGCAUCGACUGGAUCAUGUUCUCGUCGAUGCGCAUCCGGGAUCUCGUGCGGCAUGUGAGUCUCUCAGCGGGAGACAAAGCCAAGUGUCAGAGCUUGAAAAACGUGGACCGGACCAUUGCCCACUUCAAUCACCUUGCCCGUUGGGUUACAUGCAUGAUUCUUCUCAGAGACAAAGCCAAGCACCGGGCCCAAAUGCUCGAGAAGUUUAUGAAUAUAGCAACAAAACUACGCCAACUGAACAACUACAACGGCUUGGCGGCGGUCGUUGCUGGCAUCAACUCGACUCCUAUCAACCGCCUCCUCCAAACCCACGCUCUGGUGUCAGAGACGGCCGAAGUAGGAAGCAAGACUUUUGUCGGCGCCAAGGGGGACAAGAUACACUGGGCAAAGUUCAAUGUUCUUGGAAGCAUCCUGCUCCCGAUCAUGAAAAGUCAAGGUAGCCCGUAUCCAAGCUUGUCAAAACACGAGACGGUGCGCGAAACUAUCCUUGGCUGCAAAAUGCCCGUUGAUGAAGUGGACAUAGACAAGCGCAGCGAGCAGGUGGAGAACAGCCAAGGAGGAGGAUUAGAGGCAGCGAAGAAGAAGGGAUCUUUCCCGUGGUUCAACAGAACAGGAUCGGCGUCAUGA